UCAGUUCCCAGAGUUCCUAUUGGGUCAACGCGGGAAGCUCCAACAUGGCGGCCGCGGCGGACUGCGGCACCGGCGCUGGGAGUACUGGAUCUAUAGGGGCUGCAGCAUGCAAGAACAACGUCACCAGUUUCCAGAGGAAGGGUCCUAGAGCCAGCGGUACCGACAGCGGCUGUUCUCGACUGGUGUCCAUCGCGGGCACACGACCGUCGGUGCGGAAUGGACAGCUGCUGGUAUCUACCGGGCUCCCAGCCCUGGACCAGCUCCUAGGUGGAGGUUUGGCUGUUGGAACAGUUCUUCUAAUUGAAGAGGAUAAAUAUAAUACUUACUCUUCUUUGCUCUUCAAGUUUUUCCUGGCAGAAGGAAUCCUCAAUGGGCAUACUUUGUUGGUUGCAUCUGCAAAAGAAGACCCUGCUGAUAUUUUACAGGAACUUCCUGCACCAUUACUCGAUGAUAAUUGUAAAAAAGAUUUUGAUGAAGAUGUAUGUAAUCAUAAAACACCAGACUCUAACAUUAAGAUGAAAAUAGCUUGGCGUUACCAGUUAUUACCCAGGAUAGAGUCUGGACCAGUCUCUUCUUCAAGAUUUGGUCACUAUUAUGAUGCAUCAAAAAGGAUGCCACAAGAACUAAUUGAGGAAUCAAAAUGGCAUGGAUUUUUCUUUCCAGAAAAAUUAUCUUCAACUCUUACCAUAGAACCAUGUUCUUUGACUGGUGGCUACAGGAAGCUGCUUCAAUUUAUCCAGAACGUCAUAUAUGAGGAAGGAUUUGAUGGAUCCAAUCCCCAGAAAAAACAGAAAAACAUUUUAAGAAUAGGAAUCCAGAAUCUUGGUUCACCUUUGUGGGGAGAUGACAUUUGCUGUACAGAAAACUGUGACAACAGCCACAGCCUUACGAAGUUCCUGUAUGUUCUCCGUGGUCUUCUACGAACUUCUCUUUCGGCCUGUAUCAUCACAAUGCCAACACAUCUUAUCCAGAAUAAAGCAGUUAUUACUCGUGUUACAAACUUGUCAGAUACAGUAGUUGGUCUGGAAUCAUUCAUUGGUUCUGAGAGAGAAACCAACCCAUUAUAUAAGGAUUAUCAUGGUUUGAUUCAUAUCCGGCAGAUUCCUCGGCUUAAUAACUUGAUUUAUGAUGUAUCUGAUGUCAAAGACUUAGCUUUUAAAUUAAAAAGGAAGCUAUUCACCAUUGAGAACACAGGACUCCAGUACCGGGUCUCCAGUCAUCAAAAACUUUCUCACAGAAGAACUGAUAAACCACUAUUUAUUAAAUAACCACUAUUUUUGAUGCACUUACUUAGAAAACUCCUUCUUAGGUAUAUUGAGACCAAAAUAUUAUAUGCCAUCAGUAUAAAUCAGCUUUAUAUAGUACUACAGUAUACUUGAUAUGAUUCAGUAGAAUUAUCUGAAAUUUUUACAUAUUGUAAAACCAUAGACUCUUGUAGUCACUAUGACAAUGUUGGACAAUGUAGAGUUGCCUGAUAUCUUUGGUCCUAGGUUUCCUUACUUGCCUAUGUUUUGUACCAAUAGUCUUUCCGGUUUUAAAUAGGAGGUAGAAAGGGGACUGUUCACUAUACCUGGAGGUACAGGAGAGGAUUGGUUAACUUACUUACUUGUCAAUUAACAGUUAUGUCACUAAAAAGAAAAAUAACGGAAACAUAAAUGUCUGACUCAAGAGCAUUAAGUCGUAGCAUGAGGGACCAUAUAGUCCAAUAUACCAAUUCUGAUAAUGAUGCCCUCUACAAAUACUGCAAUAUUCAAUUCCCAGAUAUACUACAGUUAGCAAAAGAAAAUCAAAGAGGAACAUGUGCAUCUGUUCAUCCAGAUCAAAUCACUUGUCAAAAGUAAAUUCAAAUUAGCAUUCUUUAACAAUGGAAAUGUCAUUUUGUACAUGUUUACAUCUUAAUAUAUUCGUUAUAUCACCAUCCCCAUAUUUACACUUUAUUUCCUAAGUAAGGUAGACAUCCAGUAGGGUCAUACAGGUUUCACAGAUUCUCCAGAAGUUGGUAAGACUGUGCUCUUUUAUAUUUCACAUGUCGUAGUGAGCCUAUCAAAAGUGCAUACCACCUUAAGGGGAACACAGUUUUGAGACUCUGUCUAAUCCUAUUUCUUCCCACAUUGGAAUCUUAAUUAGAAGAGAUAAGAAAAAAAAAACACAUCAUUUAACUAAAUUAUUGUCUUGAAUCUGUAGCAAAAGGUAUAAUCCGCAAUUGGGCCAAUUAGUGAACCCCAUAGUUAGCUCUGCUGCAGCGAACAACUUGAUUAGAUCUGACACCACCCUGGUUCUCACUGUUGUUUUGCCAGGUAUGAUGGUCAGACUUCAAAGAGCUGGAGGCAUCAGCAGGGCAAGGUUUGGAGGCCAGCUUAGGUCCGGUUGUUAAUCUCUCUACUAAAACCACAGCAGCUCUCACACAAAACAAGCUUACACGACACAAUCAUGCGGUAUUAAAGUUAGGGUUGAGUCAUGCCAAUUUGCCUUUGAUUUUUUGAUGAUUGACCAAAGAUGGCUACAUGACUAGACACAUGCUAGAAGUAUACUGAUUAGGUAAGUUCCCAAAAUAUUUGAAGCAUUUUUUUAACUUCCUAUAUAAAUGUUGGGGAACUUUAUCCCCUUUGAUCAAACUUCCGAAGUAAUAGUACUGUAUCAGAAGGAAAAUGAAUAUUUCUUACUGGCAGCCUGAAUCCCAAACUUUUCACUUACCACUUCAUAAAAAUUAGUGUUUAUAUUAAUAAUUCCUUAAGGAGAAUGUAAAAAGAAAUUCUAAGUGGUAAGCUUUUAAAAAAUCUAUUAAGUGCAUUAAAAGAAAAAACAUUUUUCUCUGAGUCAUUUUUUUUCACUGACAAUUUUUCUGAAAUUUCUUUAUAAUUAUUUUCCACUUAAAUGUUGAGUAAAGUGCCCUUCUAGGAUGUGAUUGCAUAAGUGUUCUUUUCUCUGCAUUCUGAUUUGUUGGAAUAUUGCAGUAAUAGUGACAUGUUUCCAUUCUGAGAAAAGCCUAAGGCUGCUUUAGUAUUAUUCCGAAUGAUUGAAGCUGCCAUCUUGCUGACUUUCCCUUAGGCAGCAUAGGGCCUGUGUGCUUUUGUGUUCACUUCACAUGCUUCCUGUGAGUUGGGCUAGCCGAACAUCAUUGCUUCAUUUGGCAAGGAAGAGUACAUUCAUGUUUGGCUAUUAUAGCUCUUAAAGUUUCUGUAUGGUCAUCAACACCUGAGAUAUAAAACUUAGACAUUGUUACAUCCAAUAAAUCACAUCAAAUAAAUCCUCUUUCUUUGAGAAGUAUUUUAAAUUAUUUUAUGACACCUUGACUGUGAAUAAUUUUUAUAUAAAAAGGGUCAUUUUAUAAAUUGAACUUAGACUCUAAUGGUUCACAUUGCACAAAUUUUUAUACUAAGUCAUACUACAUAUUAGAAAUAUGUUCGGAAUAUGGUCAUCAAGAUGGUGACACAAAGCAAAAGUCUAAUAUUUAGAAUCUUGCCACAUAGUUUUCAGUUCAUGAGUCUGUUAUUAAAGAUUCUGUGGUACCUAUUGUCCAGCAAUCUCGCUUUUGAGAUUAGGAUGGUACAGAUUCAGCAUCGUCUAAGGAUAGAUACAAAGAGGAAAAAAAUCCUCUGUCUUCUAUCCUGAAUUUUGCAGAUAUAAACACUUCUGUAUGUAUUUUAUUGUAUGGUUCCAGGAAAACCAUAUUGCAGUAUUUCAAGGCUUUUUUUUUAAAGCAUUUGUAGAACUGCUGUAGCAGAACUCACCCAGUUUAUAUGAUAUUCCCUAAACCACUACCCCCACAAUGUGCUAUUUAUGGUGUCUGAGGAAGAUAGAAAAAUAGAAAACAAAAAAUAAUGACAAAUCAUGGCUACCCCAUUUCAACAGGUAGAAGGUGAGAACAUAUAUUUUACUAAUAAAACCUCCAAAAUGCCUAGAAGAGAAAGAACUUAUCUAGAGCUUAAUAAAUAUGGUAUCCAUUAGCUUUGUGAUUAAUAUAGGUAACUUUGGGGAUACUUUUGUACCCAAAAUAUCUUAAGUCCUUCCUCAAGAUCUUUGCACAGUGUAUGUCCAGAAUGUUCAUGCCUCCAUCCUUUCAUGGCUUUUUCUUGUCACUGGAUCACAGUUUAAAUAUCUCAGUCUCCUUAGAGAGAUCUUCCCUGACUGGCCCAUUUGAAGUAUUCACUCUGUUAUCUGCUAUCACAUACCCUAUUUUAAUUCUCAGUGUAACAUGUAUUACUACAAUUAAUUAUCAGUUAGUUUAUUAUUUUUCAACAUGAUUCAGCCUUUUUUGUUGUAAGCUUCACAAGAUUAGGAACAUAGUCUGUCUUUUUUGUGGCAAAAUCCCAAGCACACGUGGGAGGUAUUCCACAAAUACUGGUUGAAUUGUUAAAGUACUAAUUUUAGAGUAAUUCAUGUCUACCGUAAGUAUAUUUAAAAACAUGUAUUGGGUAUCUCAUUUAUUCUAGGCAUUGUGUUGGUGCUUUCACAUACACUACCAUAUCUACCUCUUAUUUGAUACUCACAGGAGCCCUUGCCAUUGGAUUAGUACACACAUUCUAAUGUGAGGAAAUAUAAGGAGUUGUGUGACCUUCCCAAAGUCACAGAGCUAGCAUUAAAUCCAGAUCUUUUAACUCCAUGUACAGAGUUACACUGGAAAGUUAACGUGUUCAGGAGCUCUGUUAAUUAUUAUUGAUUUAAAAAUAAGUUUUAUUGACUCUUUAGCAGGGUCCUAGGACUACCGCAAGUGCUUUCUAGGCAUUACUCAGAGAUCUCACAACUACUGUAUACCACGAGUAUCUACAUUUUAUAAUUGAAGAAACUUAAGGUUCAAAGAGAUCAAGUAACCUAACUUAUCCAAGGUCAGAGUUAAUAACUGACAGAAAUGACACUUCUACCAGAGCCUGGGCUCUGAAACAACAACUACUCACCACGCCCCACAGUGCCCUGCCAUCCCAUCUUCAGUGCAUGAGCCAGAAAGCCUCUGCCGUGAGACAUAAAGAAGAACAAAAAUAUACACACACACUGAUAUAUAAUCUUUUAACAUUCAUGUUAAAAGUUCUUGUGCCCCUAGCAUUUCUACUCUAUUUUUAUAAAAUACCUUAUAAAAUUCAGAAUGAAUUAACCAUAAAUUCUCCCUUAUAUAACAUUAGCAUUGCAAGAUUGUUCUUUUCCUUAUUUUUUUUUUUUUUUACUAAUUUCUGGUAUUUGGUAGUGUAUUUUAAUAGAAAAAUUAAUUUGCCAAACUAUAAAGCCAUUCCCUAAAGCACUAACCACCUCUGUAGAAUUUCUAGAUCUUAGCUACAUAAUGUGGGGAAAAUAUUUCUAUACAAAGAAACAGGGUUCCCUUGCUUUGGUUUACUAUUUUGAUAUGGUUCAGAAGUACCAAAACUUACUUUCAGUGUAAUAUUAUUGUAUUUUUGUAUUCACUUGCAUUCAACAUGCAGGUAUUUUUGCAAAUACUAAUUUGCUCAUAGUUACCAUGUUGUUAUAUUUUUUCUGAAUUAUUUUAUAUAUAUAAUCUUUGAAGCAUCAUCUUGUGAGAUAAAUAAGGCAUAUAUAAUUUAUAAGGUAGUAAGAUAACAAACUCAGUUUUCUAAAAUUUCUUUUUUUGCCUCCUUUUUAAUCAUAACUUGGUCUAAUGAAGGUUUAAUCCAUUCAUAUUAAUACCUAUUUCUUUUUUUGUUGCAAAUGUUUCAUUUACUAAAAGUAUUUCAAAUACCAUCUUUAAGCAAAGUUAAGCAAUAAAUCUCAUGAUUGCAAACUAUUUCCCUUUUUUAUUGAUCAGUAUUACUAAAAAAGUCUCUACAGUUUAGGAUAAGAAAUGUUUCUCAUGGGGAGCCUGGGUGGCUCAGUGGGUUAAAGCCUCUGCCUUCA